AUGGGACUAGCUGCUGCUGGUAUCAACAAAGGAGUAGAUGCUGCCUCCAUCAUUCAUCCAUGUCAUACUCAGGAUGAUAUCAAGAUAGGCACCUUGCCAUCUGAGUUGGAGGUUGAGGCCCUGCUGCUAUCAAAGGGCAAAGCCAAACCUCUGUUGGAAGCUUCACCCAGAUCUUUGACAGCUCAUGCAGUCAUAUCUGAAGCCAUGCUCUCUGAUCUGAUUGAUGUGGACAAUGAUGUCAAGGUCUGGCCAGGCGAUUUCUAUGCAUGCAAUAUUGCCAAGGGCUUCAGACUUUGUGAGACAAUCAGCAAGCAUUGCCAAGGUGUUGCUGCUGUGUUUCAGAAGAUAUUUAGGGUCUCUUAUGCUAGCACAACAUUUCAUGCUCACAAGAAGCAUUGGGCAGAUGUGCCUGCCAAGGUUAUGGAUAGGUUUAUCAAGGCUGGGCAAACAGAAGAUGGUUUAUGGUUGAAGUUCAUGACAGAGACCUGGUCCUGA